UGGACGCUCGGUGUGUGGUGUGUCCACGUGUGCAAGCUCGGGGAGGGCAGAAGGCGCGACAAAGACAGACUUUGUAUCUGAGUGUGCGCCUCGCUCUAGUCCGGAGCGGCGAACUGUGCCCCGCGUGUGUCUCACGGGAGAGCCAGGACGAAGGUGACAAAGACUAGGUGUCCGCCCCAGAGAGACGCACCAAGGUGGCCCCCGCGCGUGUUUGUGUGCGCGCGCGCUGGGACUCGCGGAGAGGGAGAGCCCGCCCGCGAAUUGUGUUGGGCUGCACCCCAAACCGCUUUCCGGAGAGAAAACCGAGUCCCGAAAGUAAGUGCGCGUGAGUGUGCGCGCGCCCGCGUGCGGGGGCGUGGCAGUAAACAGCAGCAGCCCACAAGCCGGCCUGGCCAGAAACUCCGAUCUCCCUCCCCUGCCGGAAAGUGCGUCUAGUCGCAGCCUGGAGGGACCCAGCUGGGGCCUGGCCUGGGAGCCAGGAUGGCCAUCCAGGAAGCGGUGCUGAUAUGCCUGGGACUGCCUCUCUUCCUACUCCCAGGGGCCCGGGCCCAGAACCACGCCCCAGCUGGCUGCAGCCCGGACCUCAACCCCCUCUAUUACAACCUGUGUGACCGCUCUGGGGCUUGGGGCAUCAUCUUGGAGGCAGUGGCGGGGGCGGGCAUCGUCACCACUUUUGUCCUCACCAUCUUCCUCGUGGCCAGCCUCCCCUUCGUGCAGGACACCAAGAAGCGGAGCCUGCUGGGGACCCAGGUGUUCUUCCUGCUGGGGACCCUGGGCCUCUUCUGCCUCGUCUUCGCCUGCGUGGUGAAGCCUGACUUCUCCACCUGCGCCUCUCGGCGCUUCCUCUUCGGGGUCCUGUUCGCCAUCUGCUUCGCCUGCCUAGUGGCUCACGUGUUAGCCCUCAACUUCCUGGUCCGGAAGAACCACGGGCCCCGGGGCUGGGUGGUCUUCGUCGUGGCCCUGCUGCUGAGCCUCGUGGAGGUGAUCAUCAACACGGAGUGGCUGGUCAUCACGCUGGUGCGGGCAGGCGGCGGCGAGGGUGGCCCUCCGGCCAACGGCAGUGCCAGCUGGGCCACUGCCUCCCCCUGUGCCAUCGCCAACGUGGACUUCGUCAUGGCGCUGAUCUACGUCAUGCUGCUGCUGCUCUGCGCCUUUACGGGGGCCUGGCCCACCCUGUGCGGCCGCUUCAAGCGCUGGCGGAAGCACGGGGUCUUCGUGCUGCUCACCACGGCCACCUCCAUCGCCAUCUGGGUGGUUUGGAUUGUCAUGUACACCUACGGCAACCGGCAGCGCAACAGCCCCACGUGGGAUGACCCCACGUUGGCCAUCACCCUCGCCGCCAAUGCCUGGGCCUUCGUGCUCUUCUAUGUCAUCCCUGAGGUCUCCCAGGUGACCAAGCCCAGCCCGGAGCAGAGCUACCAGGGGGACCUGUACCCCACCCGGGGCGUGGGCUACGAGACCAUCCUGAAAGAGCAGAAGGGCCAGAGCAUGUUUGUGGAAAACAAGGCGUUUUCCAUGGACGAGCCAGCCUCAGCUAAGAGACCAGUGUCACCGUACAGCGGGUACAACGGGCAGCUGCUGACCAGUGUGUACCAGCCCACUGAGAUGACCCUGAUACACAAAGCCCCGUCGGAAGGAGCUUACGACGUCAUCCUCCCGCGGGCCACUGCUAACAGCCAGGUGAUGGGCAGUGCCAACUCCACCCUGCGGGCCGAAGACAUCUACGCAGCCCAGAGCCACCAGGAGGCCACCCUGCCGAAGGAAGGCAAGAACUCCCAGGUCUUUAGAAACCCCUACGUGUGGGACUGAGGCGGCACCAGGAGGAGGCGGGAAGAUCUGGGGACCUGACCGGGCGAGGGUCUUCCUGGGAGCCCCUGCUCUCCCCUCCCCCUCCCCCUCGCUGGCUCAGGACAGGUCAGGGCCUCAGCCGGGAGGCCCUCCCCAUCUGCCAGUUCGGCUGGGCGUCCCCGGGCCCCUCACCCACUCCUCAGUGUCUGUGGAGUCCAGGAGCCAACUCCGGCUUCAUGUCAGGGUCACCUGGCUUCGUGUCAAGGUCACCUGCGGCGGCCAUGCUCCAGCCAAAUUGUGUUCUUCCUGGGGUGGCGGCCAGUCAGCACCUACGUUCUCUGGAGUCUUCAGAGAGAUUCCUGCAACCUUGAGAGAUGUCUCAGGCGCUUCUGUCCCGGGUCUUGCUCCUCUGUGAGGAGCAAGGGUGCCUAAUAAACACGUUUCUGCUUUAUUAA